UCGCAAUGUGCUCAAGCGGAGUAGCGAAUAGAAUACGUCAUCAAAGCUGUCAUUUUCCUGAUUCCCUGCACGAUAUCUUCCUAACCACGGACGGCAGCAGUCACAGCAAUACGCAUCGGGCGAAAGCAGCGAAAGUUUGGCUCCGACUUCUCCCUUCCCCCCAAAAGCACGUGAUCGACCUCCCUUUCUCGUCGAUUGUGGAAGAGCUCCGCAUCAGCCCCAGUCACUCCGACCGACGUGCGUGGUCGGUGUGCAAGAGUGUGUGCAGCUCCCAGCUGCUCUAGUUCCUCUACUGCACGUGCGUGUUACACAUUGCAUCUCGUGUGACACCUGAGUACUCCGUGUGAAAAGUGCUUUGCCAUUUUAUUUUUCUCCCCACACGGUUACUUUGUGCGUGAUUGUGUCGUCGUGUGUGUGAAUCCUGCAAUAGUUUAAUCGUUCUGUGGAUGUCCUCUACGGGAAAAAAAAAAACGCCUACAUGGAUCUCAUCGAGGAUAUAGUGACGUGGAACAGGUAGAGGAAGAGUAAGCUUCAGCAUAUCCACAAGAGCGUCUACCUAGUGAAUUGGUGCACUGAAAUGAAACGUCCAGAAAUAACUUAGUGUACAAGUCAUUGUGGCUUAAGGCUCGCGUCGUUGGACUAAGCCACGGUUACUUCCCUUUAGAACCAUAUUGGACGAAUGAACUCGAAGAGGAAGCAAGAUCACGUGACAUCGCAGAUCCGAUGUCACCUUUGAACCAGGUCAUCCGCGACAUCCACUACCAGACCAUUUACAACUCCAGAAUAUUCGUUGCCGUGGAUCCGCUUCCCACCACCGGGCCCAAUGCGAGCGCUGGCGUGGCCAUGCAGCCUUCAACCACCUUUGGCUCCAUGGCUGCCAUCCCUCCUACGGCCGCCGCAUCAAACAACACUACCCUGCAGAAUGUCUUCAUCGCCGAAGACACGGCCACCUCCUCCUGGGACCCUUCUUGCCGCUACCUCCUGGGCACUGUCAUGUCCCUCAUCAUCCUCACCGCCAUCACGGGAAACGUCCUCGUCUGCCUGGCCAUUUACACGGAUCGUAGGCUCCGCAAGCUCGGCAACCUGUUCCUGGUGUCUCUCGCCCUCGCCGACCUCUUCGUCUCGUCCCUCGUCAUGACGUUCGCUGUCAUCAACGACCUCAUGGGGUACUGGGCAUUUGGCUCUCAAUUCUGCAAUGUCUGGAUCGCCUUCGACGUCAUGUGUAGUACUGCUUCCAUCCUAAACCUUUGUGCUAUCAGCAUGGACCGUUUCCUGCACAUCAAGGACCCCCUAAGAUACAGUCGGUGGAUGACGAAGCGUGUAGUGUUAGGGACGAUCGCCGGUAUAUGGCUGGUGUCCGCUUUUAUCUCUUUCCUUCCCAUCUCUCUCGGCUGGCACCGACCACGAGCAGAGUCCCUGGUCAUCGUGGAUGGCCUGACAACGUGUGCGUUAGACCUCUCCAAAGAGUAUGCUGUCACGUCUUCUUUAAUCUCUUUCUACAUGCCUUGUGUCGUCAUGGUAGCCCUCUACACAAGGCUGUAUAUCUACGCCCGAAGACACGUCCAGAACAUUCGUGCCGUGACAAAGCCGAUGAACUGCCAAAAGAACAGUGCAAGUCCCACCGCCAAGUUCCGCAAUGCGGGCCACCAGUCGUCCUCGUUGCACGUCAUGGACCACAAGGCAGCCAUAACCCUCGGCAUCAUCGUCGGAGUGUUCUUGAUCUGCUGGGUUCCUUUCUUUUGCGCUAAUAUCGUGGCGGCGUUUUGUAAGACUUGUAUCUCGGAUGACUGCUUCAAGUUCCUCACGUGGCUGGGGUAUCUCAAUUCAGCCCUCAAUCCAAUCAUCUAUUCCAUCUUCAACACCGAGUUUCGCGAUGCGUUCCGCAAAGUGAUCACAGCGCACGCGUGUUGCAAGGUCUUCGCUGAUAGAGCGAGGUCUCACAGUGACCUGUCUUACCGAACGAAGCGGAGUACGGUGUGUGAAACCUCGCGCGCUAACAGUCUUGGACCUUCUUGUCAUCCGGAGCGGAUCUCCCUACGAUCAGAAAUCAAUACGCGUGUCGAAAUCUGCGUCAACAACAGCACAACGCAGAUAGCCGACAUCUAGCAAUGAAUCCGCGUAUCGGAUUGGCUUGGCUUUCAACGUGAGCCGUCGAAGGGCUGACGUUCCUAUGCUUCCCCGGCUCUUGCAGACGCCGGGAUUCCUCUAGAUCUUGGCGGAACGGCUGAGAAGUACGUGUUCGUACUUCGUGUGUACAACCGGUUCAUGAUGCCCAAGACCGUUAAAGAAGACGCGGUCAAGCCCAGCGUCCAGAGACACCCACCGAAAGCAAAGACUUGCGCCCUCUACUGGUACAUGUGCGCAACACAUCUGUGACACUAAAUCGACGGCUUGUGGUUCUUUGCCGAAGCACCGCGGGUGGACGUCAUCCGCGUACGUUGUUCAUCUCUACGAUAUGCAACGACGAUCACCGAGGACUCUGCACGGAGCUGAGAGUGCGUUGAUGCUGAACAGUGGCGUAUUGUGCUGACUUUUCCGCGCAUCAGACUUGCGAGUGAACCCUUGUGGUGUGAACUACAUAGCCAAGUGAAGCCGUGUAAAACUGCUUUCGUUACAAACGUGUUACGAAGCGACAGCUUCGCUAUUGGGACAGAGUUUAAAUUAUUUAUGCACUUCCUGAGGCAGUUUGAGGGCAAUGUUCUACUCGACACGCAGCGCGGAUGAGUAAAUAUGCGCACAAGGUGUAGUAGAGGCCAAGUGAUUGACCAACGGCGGAGCGGUGAGAACCUGCUUUCGCUACAUGAAGUAGUUCGUCAAAAGACGCACUAAUCCUCUAAGUUCGAUCCACGUUUCUAUCUCUUUUCUCCUCGUACUUGCAGAGCAAUUGUUGGUCACAGAUCCGGAAGAAUGUUGGCAAAGGCCACUCCCAUGCAUGACUCGGGUUGUCCGCGAGCACGUAAGGUAGUUCCAGUUGCACAGGUUGUGUGCGCUUUUGUUAUCAUCAUCGGGCAGAAGGCUGUGCGAAUAAUCGUCAUUUUGAAUAGGAACCGAAUGUCUUCUGGGUUAUCAGGAACGCACUGUUUUGUAAUUGCUUGUAAUUACGAGCUCCAAAUUCUAAGCCAUGAUCAUCGCCUCCUUUGAUUUUCUCCGUGCAGUAAGAAAGCACAGGAGAGACACUCACUUAUAGUCGACAAGUCGGCAAACUAUACUAUAUACAUGUUCCAGGACGUUAGGAAUUGUGGGAUACUGUCUUGUCCACUUUGACUUGACCAGUAUUGACUAACCGUUCCUUUUGACGCAGACUGUAUGCCAGGGGGGGGAAGACACUAUACCAUAAUGCAUCGCGCCGUCGCCAUUUUUCGUCAGAGGGAAAAAACUGCGAGAUUGUCUCUCCUGUGUGCUUUUUCUCUCAACGGAUUGAUCACAUAACCGUGUUUACGCUACGGAAUGGCGCUUUGCUCACACUUCCUUUACAUCCAGUAAUCUAGCAAAAUGUGUAGAACGCGUCCGCGUAAACCCCACAUCACUUCGACUGCAUUUUCGUUUACUUUUUUUGCAAAAAAAAUCUCACCGUCAUUGGGCGCGGUUCUCGUAUUUUGCUUUCAUACUCUUCGAUAUUCCAUUCAAUAUCCUCUCUCCCCUUUCUUUUUGCUUUAUUUCUUCUUUCACACUGCUCGUUCAACAUUGCGUUCUUGAUUCGAAUGCAUAUUUGUUCUUUCCACAUCCGAUUCGUAUUCGAAAAUUUCGCUGUUCGCAUAGCCGUAGUAAACGCGCUCCCUUCAGUCUGUAGAGAACACGUCAGUCAGAUUGUUUUUCAUCUCAGAUUGCUGAUGGCUGAACUCUUCUCGUGUAUUUACUUUUUUUUUUCGCUUGUCUAAAGCAGGGUGUCCUAACUGCCUUGUCCUUUGGGGUCAAAAUAGAGAAAGACUCAACCUUCUUCCACACUACGACGUCAGGUUGUAUUCCCAUGUGCGCCUGUAGUGGCGUUUAGGGCGUUCUUUCAACGCUAGACCAACAGCAUACUAAACUAUUCUUCCGGCAGAAAGCAGAACCCCAGGCUAACAGAGGGUAACGCAAUGCGCAAGCACGAAGUUGGGAAUACGGGGAUAAAAGAAUAACUAACUCGUUAUAAUAAUACAACCUGAGAGGCGUACAAAAAGGCGUACACCCCACCCACCCCCCCCCCCCUUCCUCUCUCUCUCUUCAAAUCAGAAGCGACACCCCUAUCAUUCGUGGCACUGCUAUGCGGUGAAGCUCUGUUCUGAGAGCGUUGAGCAGGACACACGGCGCGCGCCUUAAGCUACGCCCACAUCGUGACUUGUGACGUCACGUGGGCUGAAAACGAAAGAAAGAAGCGAGUAAAGAACGCACGUAUUUCUCGCGUAAAAACGUCGUGUAGCGAUCGAACGUAUUUUAGACUGCCAAAAACAAAUUUCGAAAAAAAAAAACAAAGAGAACUCUUGUUUACGAUCUUGCUCUGCUCCCUAUACACUCCAAACGGAAUUUCACCACACAGCACGGUGAAGGCCGCCCAUUGCAUGGUGUAAUACCGUUAUCACUCCUGAUUUGUGGAAACCGCGGGGCGUACGCCUUUUUGUGACAAUUAACAUAACUGCAUAAGUGUCACAUAAGUCGUACGCCUCCUGUUUUUAACCAGGGGGCAGAGGGAUGUCAUCCGAGAUGGUGGUUGGCUAAGAGCGGGCUAUGCGAUGAAGUCCUUUGCAGGGGUGUAAGGCCGCGCUGCACACUUUGAAUCGCCAAUCACAACCAGCGGCCCCAAAGUGUUAUGAACGUUAUUAUUAAGGAGUCUUAAUAGAUUGGAAGCACUGUACUUUUUUUUCCCUUUCCUUCCUAGACUUACGUUUAGGAGUGAGCGUGCUUUCAGCAAGGUAGUCUGGACGCCCUGUGUGUACUUUGUUAGUUGCAGGAUACUCGAAAAGUGACCUCUAAACUGCAUGUACCAAACGAAAUGAGUUGAGAAAUAAAAAGUGAACUCGCAAUACUUUUCUCUGGCUAAUCUCUCCUGCGUGCUUCAAGCAGCACAGUUGAACCGGCACUCAGACGCAACAGGUGGGAAAAGCCGAUUAGGCCGCCAAUGCUUAGACUAAAAUCAUCUGCAUACAUGUAUAUGUGGGGGGGUCGUCGCAAC